AUGGACCCUUUUGGCUACUUAGGAGCUCUGUGCACUGAGUCCCCGAGGACAUAUAAGAAACCGCUGUCGGCAUCAGGAGGCCCACGGCUGACUCUGCCUUCCUGCCGGUCCCGAGGACAGAGCCUGAACCGUCAGCCCGUGUGGAGCAGGACAGGAGCAGCGGAUACUCAUUCCUUGGUGACACCUCAGCAAGGACGUGGGACAGCGUGGUAUUUCACCUACAUGGAAAUCCUGAAUCUUACAGGUGUCUCAGAAUUCCUCCUCCUGGGCCUCUCAGGUGACCCAGAGCUGCAGCCCCUCCUCUUCGGGCUGUUCCUGUCCAUGUACCUGGUCACCGUCCUGGGGAACCUGCUCAUCAUUCUGGCCGUCGGCCCCCACCCCCACCUCCACACCCCCAUGUACUUCUUCCUCUCUUGUCUGUCACUGGCUGACACUGGUUUCAGCACCACCACCAUCCCCAAGAUGCUGGUGAACAUCCAGACUCAGAGAAAGUCCAUCUCCUAUGCAGGCUGCCUCACUCAGGUAUUCUUCUUUUCUCUUUUUGGGUGUUUGGACAGUCUAAUCCUGGCUGUGAUGGCCUAUGACCGGUUCGUGGCCAUCUGCCACCCCCUGCACUACCCCGCCAUCAUGAGGCCCCAACUCUGUGGCUUGCUAGUCCUGCUGUCCUUUCUCAUCAGCCUUUUGGACUCCCAGACUCACUGCUUGAUGGUGUCCAAACUUGAAUCACAAAAUCUAACAGGGGUCUCAGAAUUCCUCCUCCUGGGCCUCUCAGAGCUGCAGCCCCUCCUCUUCGGGCUGUUCCUGUCCAUGUACCUGAUCACUGUCCUGGGGAACCUGCUCAUCAUCCUGGACGUCGGCUCUGACCACCACCUCCACACCCCCAUGUACUUCCUCCUCUCCAGCCUGUCCCUGGCUGACAUUGGUUUCACCUCCACCACAGUCCCCAAGAUGCUGGUGAACAUCCAGACCCACAGAAAGUCCAUCAGCUACUCAGGCUGCCUCACCCAGAUGUGUUUUGUCAUGGUUUUUGGAGGAAUGGACACUUUUCUUCUCACCGUGAUGUCCUAUGACUGGUUUGUGGCCAUCUGUCACCCUCUGCACUACACAGUCAUCAUGAGUGCCCAUCUCUGUGGCCUCCUGGUGCUUGUGUCCUGGCUCAUCAGCUUGUCAUACUCCCUGAUGCAGAGUCUGUUGAUGUCGCGGCUGUCCUUCUGCUCCAGACGUGUGAUUCCACACUUCUACUGUGCACUUACUCAGGCCCUCAUGCUUGCCUGCUCAGGUACACUCAUCAAUCACAUCCUGCUGCACAUGGUGACUGCCUUUCUGGUCAUUGUCCCCUUCUCAGGGACCCUUUUCUCCUAUACCAGGAUUGCAUCUUCAAUAUUGAAAAUCCCAUCAGCUAGUGGGAAAUGUAAGGCCUUUUCUACCUGUGCAUCUCACCUGUCUGUGGUUUCUUUAUUCUAUGGGGCAGGGCUUGGUGUGUAUCUCAGUUCCAAUGCAUAUUCUCAGAAGGGCAUGAUUGGCUCGGUGGUGUACACGGUGGUCACCCCCAUGCUGAACCCCUUUAUCUACAGCCUGUGGAACAAAGACAUGAAGGGGAACUGCAAAAAGCUUUUGGGAGAAAACUCUAUGAUCACUGAAAAGAAGGCUGGUUGUGGGGUUUUGAUUUGA